UUUUUGGAUAUGAUUUGUAACCAAAUAAAUAAUAAACUUAAGUUUACAAUUCUAUAUUUAUAAAGUGCUUCAUAGACAUUUUUGUGUCAAUCGCAUUUAUUUGAGUUUUCUUUUUGCAGGCAAUAAGAUGUCUCGUGUUCCUCUUGGAAAAGUUCUUCUUCGAAAUGUCAUCCGCCACACUGAUGCCCACAACAAGGUUAUAUUUCUUAAGAUGGGGGAAUGUGCAGAGAACAGCACUGUUUAUGCAGCCCAAGUCACACCUCCCCUGCCUGUGCCUCACACACUCUUCAUGAAAAAAUUGGUUUCAUUUUCGAUCCGAUCUUAUAGCACAUUCUUAUUUUAUACCAAAUACAGUGGGGCGCUUAUAUUGUGAUAAUGAAUAAAUAAUACACCUAGUGAAAACAGAAAAUGUUUCUAUACCGUUCACUUCUGUUUCUUGAGCAGUCCCGUGUCGUAUAUACCUUUUAAAAUAAAUAUAAAUAAAAGAAAAUAGUAUAGUACCCUUAUGUACACAAAUAUAAUACACAAAAUAAUGGGGAACUCACAUGUUCCAGAGCUAUAACCUAGCUCUGGGAAUAUUGGCCAGUAGGCCAGUUUUGACGACCUUCCCCUUUUUCCUUUGAAGAGUGGUUUAGGGUUUCCUUAUGUAAAAUUAUAGUUUCUGGUAUAAGCCCAGAGCCUAUGAAUUGGCUAAGUGGAACAGCAAAGUAUGGUUAGGAACCAUACCACCCUCUUUGAGAAUGCAGGAACGAUGAUAGUAAGUGCAAAGGUAAAUAAAAGUAUAAAUCUUUAGACAAUUAUAUGCUUUAUUUAAAGCUUAGUAAGUAAAAACAUUAUACAAUAUAGUAUAUCGUUCCAAAGACAGAGAUGGCUUCCUGAAUCUGGUGCAAUGAACCAUCAAGUCACAAAGUCUGUCUAUAUAUAGGUCUAUAAAUACCGUGAAAAUUGGUUUCAUUAUGAAAAUCAGAUCUUAUAGCACAUUGUGUUUACUUUAGAAGUUAUUAUCUCCAGCUCUGUCAAUUGAACUUUAAUCAGACACAUUAAGCUGCUGCAGGCUGUUAACAGAGAUUGAGAUAAGAAGUCCCACACCCCAAAUAUAUAUAUAUUAUGAAAUGUGACUGAAUUGGUCACUUUUAAAUUUUAUUUUGAUGUUGGUGUUAUUUUAGGAUUCAAAAAAUAAUGUAUAAUUUGAUUUUUAUAAGUCGCCUUAGUAUUUAAAAAUAAAGUACGUUUUGAGAUAAGUACAUUUUAAAAGGGUGUUUGUUUUAUUAUAAGUUCUAUUUUAUUUAAAUCUUACGUUGCAUGUCUAACAUUAAAAUAGAUUAUUUGUAUAAAGGGAAUUAAAGAGGGAGUUGCAAAGAAUAAGACCAUUAAAUCUGCAACCUGCGUGAGCUCCUUACUAUUUUUUGUCCUUACUAUUUGUCGCCAUUAUCUUUUGAUAGAUUCAAGAAGAAUCUGAAAUGUGGAAAAUUCGAGAAAUGGAGAAGCAGGCACAAGAUGAUUAUGGUACAAAGCGGAGAAGAACAUCACCAGAGCCAAACCGGUUGGUAUUCUAAUUUAAUGCUAUCAUCAAUGAUUUGCAUUCCAGUUUACAGCUGUUUUUGUAGGAUUCAUUUCCUAGUAAUUUUUAUUUAAUUUAGAGAGGGUAAGGAUAGUCUAGAAAGAGUAGGAAAAGAAUAGAAAAACAUUUUAUAGGAGUUUAACCAUUUAGAGCAUUUGUUCCCAAAGCAGUCCUUGCGACCAACCAACAGUCCAGGUUUUGUCAGUAUCUCCAUUGGAAUAAUAAAGGGAAACACAUAAAUACAUUAGUCCUAGAUUGUUGGUGGGCUAUGAGGACUGGUUUAGGAACCACUAAUUUAGAUGAACUUAUUUUAACAAAUAAUGUUCUAUUUUUCUGUGCAUAAAGCUAAUUAUUGAUUGUACUGCAUUAACUGUAUCAGUUAGCAUAUUGAGAUGGGCCAAAUGGUUCUUAUCUGCCGUCACAUUCUAUGUUUCUAUAGUAUUUAGAAAAUUGGGCAGGCUAGAUGGGCCAAAUGGUUCUUAUCUGCCGUCACAUUCUAUUAGUUGACAUCUGAGUUUAGAUGUGUGCAGUGACCAUCCUAGGAAUUUAUGAAAUUAGGCACAAAACACUUAUUGAAUUGGGGUAGAUGCAGAAGAUGCUGAAAUGUGUAACCAUGGGGGCAUGUGGCACAUCAGUGCAUCUGUUUUAGCUGUGAAUUUGGAUGUUUGUUUAAAUAUUGUUACAUAAUGAAUGUUGACGACAUAGAAUACUUUAUGGUUAUUCCACACCUGGAAAAAUGUACUCUGAUACUUUUUGUGGGAAGAUACGUUAAACCUAGUGCUUUAUGUGCCAUUAGCAUGGACCGUAUUUAUGGCAAAGAUUUAUGUAAUUAUUUUAAACAAAACGUUUGAUGUGGGAUUUACUUGUUCUGUUGCUCUGUUUCCUUUCAGCCUCUCCAAACCAUUCAUAUUUAAAAUUUCCCGAUUGUGGUAACCUUUGCAGGGAAUGCCUUUUCUCUAUUUACUUGCUUUACCAUCUUCGUUUACAUUUUGUUCUUUACCUUUCAUUUAGAUUCCUCAGUGUAUGACGUUUUAUCUUCCCAUACUCUCCUAGUUGUUGUGUGUCACGAUCUUCCUUUCAUCUAGGUGGGAUCACAAUGGCUACAAGGAGUUAUAUCCCGAAGAAUUUGAUAAUGACAAGUAAGUUUGUUGAACACAGUUGCUGCCAGUGGAAAGGCCAAAUAACUUAUUUUCAUUUUUUAAAUUUUUUUUUUAAAUGUUUCAAGUCACAUCCGUACACUCAAUUUUUUUUUUCUGUCUGUCUCACUUUCUAUUUGUCUAUCCUCCAUGUGUAAGGCCUUGAUUUAACUUUACUGACGCUAUAACUAACAUCUUGCAGAAGCCACAUGAGAUCCGAUGGUUUUGAUGCUGAUGGAAGUAAACAAGCUGAAAAAACAGGAGUGGCAUCGGCAGUGAUGCUGAGACAGGGUGCCCUGGGUAUCCGGGCUUUGAACAAGAAGUUCUACGAGUGUGAGGCCAGCUUACCUGACAGGUGCGUUUACUGCUUUUUAAUAACUUAAUUGUCAGUGAUAACCCAGGUAUGGUAUCCAGAGGGGUGUGUAAUGAUUUAGUGAUGUCACCAGAUACAUCUAAGGUCAAGGAUUAAAUCAGAUCUUCCUGAUUUCAAUCCUACCAUUCAAAUGCCGAUAUAUUUUUUUUUUUCCGAUCUGAUAAAUAAUUUUCCAUAUUCUGUUCUGAUAAAGAAACAUACCUUCUCUAUGAGUAUUGGUAGGGGAGGAGGGACAGCUCAAAAUGGCACUGUCACUUCUCCCUGAAAAAAUAGCAUUUCGUAAAGAUAGAAUAUUUAUCCUUUAGGAUUUCUGGAGCCAUGUAUCCAUUAGUUCCUGCCUAUAACAUACAAUUAAAAAGACAUUGGUAAACAAAUUUCAGCACUUACAAGCAAAGUAUAAGCAUACCAUGCAUAGUUAUUCAACAAGAAAAAGAAGAAAAAAGGCUGCGCACACAGAUAAAAUUGGAAAAAAUAAAAAAGUUAUUUUUAAAUAAAAUAAAGUCCAAUUAGAAAGAAGGAAAAGUCCAAUGUAAUUGUCCUUACAGAUAGUCUUUGCUGUUGACGUCUUCUACUUUGUAGUGAGUCCACUUAUAUGAAAGAUAAAAAGAGAGAGGGGGACAACCAAUAGUGUAGUAUGUAGAGUUCUUAUAUGGAUGUGUAGAAAUAAUAAUAUAAAACUCACAUUUAUCAGAGCUAAUGUCCUAGCUCUGGAAUAAAGCGCAUACGGCGGUUUGAUCCCCGCUUAUGGGAUAUAGAUGGGUUCCUCUCUGUGAUACGUGUCCAGUUUCUCGAAAUAAAAGAGACAGCCAAUAGUGCUCACUGUAUAGCAAUAUUGAUAAAAUAAUAAAAGAAUGUACUUACAAAACCAGAGCAGACCAACUGCUCCGUGAUGACAGCUUGGGUGGAUUGAUCCCCACCUUGGAUUUCUUUAAAUGCAGGAAACUUCCAGGGGUUUUCAGGUUUUUUUUUAAAACCAAUAAAAAUAAUAAUUAAAAAGCCAGGGUAAAAAGAGUAUUAUGUGUCUAUAAAAAAAGAUUAUUGGCACAAACAAAUGACCAAAAAAUACUUUAAUAUAUUUACAAACACAAUAAUUAAAUAUCCAUAACGCGUUUCGUCUAAGACUUUAUCAAAUGGAAUAACAGAUGAUACCUGGCUUGUAGGUGUUAUAUAGGAACAUAACUCAUUUGAAUUUGGCGCCAAAAAUUGGUCCGUCCAAUCAGAAACAGAAUCACAUUUAAAACUUAAAAUAUGUUCAAAACUUAGUCAGUAUAUAAUUUAUAGUAAUAUAACUUGUUUCUAAUGGUUAGAAAUCAAAAACGAGGGUUGGAAAGUAUAAUUUAGAACAUUUUAAAAUAAUCACGUGACAUACGGCACUUCCGCAUUUCGGAAGUUUUCGCCGCAAUGCCUUAUGGGAAAUGUAGUUAAAAGUUAGCCGCGACCGGCGGCCGCAUACAGAAGUAAAAAAAACGAUAAUCAUACACAAGUUAUCUAGCGCUGUCUUUCUCUUUUUCCUUGUUACCAUAGUUAUUCAACAGUUGCAUAACUGUUGCAUAUGGAAUGUAUAUUAUAAUAAACAUGCUUAGAUCAUGUCAUAUCGAUAGGCGAGUGAAGAGAAAAGAGAAGAUUUACAGCCAUGUCGUGAUUAAGAUUUAAUUGUUUCCGUGGUCAAGUGAUUUGGCUGGAACUCUGUAGAUUUAGGUUUCUAUUUCUCCAAUAGAUAUCUAUUCUACCUAUAGACAUUUAGGAAGCAUUCCAAAAGUCAGGGUGGUGUAAUGAUUUAUAUCAACCUAGGCAAAGACGCAAUUUGAUGCCCAACACAAUUUGAUCUCAUCUUAGGGUUUAUGCACUAUACUAGGAAUUGUAAAGAAUUGACCAGAUUUAAGACUGAUGGAAACAUUUAUUUUUGAACUAGAUCAUUUUGCCAUUUUUUUUUUUUUUUUGGUUUGGGCUUUAAACUUGCAAAUUCUUUUUCAUUUCUCCACAUUUCAAAGUUUGCUAAAUAAUAUACCAGGGUACCAGGGAAGUCCUUCACAAUCACAAACUCAAUUUGACCACACCGUGAUUAACCAGAGGGUUCUUGGCAGAGAGUAAGCACUGCUAGAGUUUUUAAGAGGAGAAUAGAACUGGAAGGUCAGGGAAAAAAAUCUCAUGGUAUCCCAAUCAGCCAUCCUUCUCUAAUUACUGUACAUUGUGAAUAAACAUAUAAUUUUUUUUUUAAAAAUACGCAUUUUGACUGUGUUGGAAUUUCACUGAAAGAGAAUUGGUAUUUAACAAAAUAUUGAUAAGGAUUGUAUACAAAAUAAAAAUAAUUAUAUAUGCUAGAUCAAUGUAUCUCCCACUAAACCAGAUAAAUGCAUUAGUCUAGUAUGAGCAGGGGCAGUAGAAGUGUUGUGAUAGUCAUAAACACGUCAUUGGUGUAUCUGCAACAAGUCCUCCUAUUUCCAGUUUGGUUGUACAAACCAGAGCAUGAGCACAUGGGCGAGGUAAAUUAAACUCCCGCAUUCCAUAAAGGCACAAGAAAAUUGUGGUUAACUGCCUAUCCAGUCCCAGGUUAAACUCUGAGAUGGCACCUGUGUCUUCUGUUGCAGUACUUCUUAGUACUUGCUCUGUGAGUCUCAGUAGCUUGGUUGGGGUUAAAUGUGUUUUUAGUUCUGUUUAUUAAUAUUUUGCUUUGAAAUUUAAGGUUUGUCAAGGCCGUUUAAGGGGGGUCAGUUUGAGGAUCAAACCAAUCAAAUAUUCAUGGCAAAUACAUGACUAAAUACAUUGUCUAAAACAUUAUAAUUCAGAAUAACUGUACCCAGUCAUGGAGAAACCUUUCUUUUGGCUUAUUUCUAAAUUCAUGGGAAAACAAGUCUGUAAAUCACAUGACGGAAUCUGUCUUUCUCUAAUUAUCUUGUUAUAGAUGGGGGCACAGCGGGUACAAGGAACUGUAUCCUGAGGAAUUUGAUUCAAACAGGUAUGUGGUGAAAAUUAAUCUUCCACCUGCACGCCCUUUUUUUUCAUCCAGCUAAUCAUAAUAUGUGUUUGUAUUUUACUUCUGUUCUGCAUGCAUGGAUUUGAGCUUUAGAAUUUCUUGUAUAUACUGGCAAACACAUGGGACCAGAACCCUUUAACCACUUUCCUUGACUGUUGUGCAAGCAAUGAUAUUAGAAGAAAUUACAAAGAUAAUACCCCAGUGCUCUUCCAGUAUCUCAAACUCCAGAUUUUCCCAUUGUAUCUGGUAACAUCUCUUACUAUGACCCUGUACAUUCAGCAGCAUAGCAGGUAUUGCCAAAAUAGCACCAUUGUCUAAUGGAUGCACAUGAAACUGCUGCUCAGAUGCUGUAAACGAUGGGUUCAGGUUCCUAACUAGAUGAUCUGGUGCGAAAUCAUAAAAACGUUGGAGGUCUUUUUUUGGGGGUGGGAAGUGACGGGGGAGGGGGGGAGAAUUAUAACACUCACUAAAACCCAAAAGCAACACAUAACCUCUCCCCCCCUUUUAAAUAUUUUUUUAAUGUAUAAUUUAUACAUAAUGGCGGUUGCAGUUAUAACCUACUGUCAUUUUAAAUAUGUGCAGGGAUUCCUCUGCUAUUCUGCACACAUUUUUAAAAUAUAAUUUGUGAUUUUUUUUUUUUUCAUAUCUAUAUUUAUCUAUAUUUUAGCAAACAAAGUAUUUGCAUGGUGAAUCCAGUAAUCAUUGUUCAGCAUGGCAAUACUGUAACUUGUUAUAAGCUGAAUACUACUAUAUUUUCCAUUAUUAUAUUAUUUGCCCAUGCAUUCCGUUUUAUAGAUCUGUUAUAGCUUUUGUGAUUUAACCCCAUUGAGGGUGUAGUCCAAUGCAAAUCCUGUGAUAUGAAACCAGACCUGGCAUGCCCUCUGUAAUUGAGUGAUUAACAUCUUUAUUCACUAAGGACUUCCUAUUGCCAAGUAAUUGAAAGGGAUUCUCCAGUCUUGAGGUCACCCCCAUGUCAGUUUUAAUCUUUGAUAUAGAUAAAUCCCUAAAAAAUAAAUGUUAACAAAGAAAUGAAUCUGGAGCGUCUGAACUGCUGGAAAACGUAAACCUAGCCCUGCAAGGGUUAGAGUCCAGAUCAAUCAGUAGCUAUUUAAUUUCUUAUUAAGAAAACGGUUAUCUGAAAUAGAUUUCUCAGAAAUUUCUUCCUGAUGACACGUACAACUGUGUUAUUGGACACUGCAGCUUAGGAGGAAAGAGCAGAAAUGAAGCUGUAACAUCACAUACACUGGUACAUUAACCAGAAAAAAAAGGAAAUAAUUUAAAGUGAGGGAUGUGGAACACAUGAUGCAUGGAACAUGCAAAAAUACAGCUAAUUAUUUAGGCUAGGAACUAUGAAAUAUCUACAUGUUGUAUUAGUGUCUGACGUGUCCUUUUUAAAUAACGACAAAUAUACCAAAUUACACCCGGUGGGAAAAUGACCUUUUAUUUCAGCCUUUUAUGUAAUCCCUCAAUUUAACCUUGGUGUUUAUUUAUUCUUUAUGACAGUGACACAGAAGAAAAAAGCAACAAAAGGAAAACAAACGGCCAGGAAACGACAAGAGGUAGAGCUCAAAAAGAACAGGAGUCUCAUAAACGUAAGAGAUCCAAGAAAACCCAUAAAAAGAAACAGAAGAAACGGUCUCACAAAAAGCUAAAGAAGAGAAAGAAGGAGUUGGAGGUGCCUACAGAAACCUCAAGUGAGAGUGACAGUUCAGAGGACACCAUGGAAAAGCCAAAGAAAUCUAAGCGCAAGAAGAAGACUCGAAAAAAGGCCACUAGAAAACAGCCAUCUUCAUCUGGACAAGACAGCGAUUCAAGUGAUGAGAUGAGCAGCACCGAAGAUGCUGAGACAGAGGAACAUAAAGGCAGACGCCAUAAAAAAACAAGCCAGAAACACCACCAUCGAUCAAAACCCAAGAAAGACACCGAGAUGGAAUUGAGGAAAAGCAGGAGGACAAACUGGAAAGUGGCUAAAGACGAGGGGUCCGAUAGCUCGGAUGAAGACUGAGGCACUGCAUCAUCGGUCUUUGAUUUUAUCAUGGAGGGACUUUACUCAAUAUGUACUAUAGAAAAUUCCUUUCCAAUUGUCUCAAAUGUGCAAUAUUUUUUGUUGUGUAUUUUAUUUUUUAAUCUGAAAGGAACCUACUUUACAUCCCUCUUAUUUACCUUAUACCUGAUGUUUACCUUUUAGUCAGCAGAGCAAGUAGCCAAUAUUCCUACCCAAAAUUAACACAUGCGCAGACACUUCCAUACAGGAUCAUAGAAGACAAUGAUCAACCCAAGAUAACAUUCAGGAGGUUUUUUGAUAAAGAAAGUUAUGGAAUGUGUUUUUGUUCUUGUUUUGUUUAGUUUAAUCGCACCCUUAUCUAUGUUGUAGUUUUUACAUGAUACUAUAAUGUUGAAUGCGCCAGACAGUAUCAGAAUCAUUUGUGGUAUUAAAACAGAAAGGAUGAUAUGCUGUGAUAGGGAAAUCUACUAAUUUUUACAACUGAGUAAUUAAAAUGCCAGUGAAAUGUAAGCAGCUAUGGAGUGAUUUUAGCCCGCACAGCUGUGUGUUCAAUAGAACAGAAACAGGACUUGCUAUAGUGGAACCCCAAAAGCCAAUUGGGGUACCAGGUGUGUUUUAAUUAAACUGUUGCGCUUUCUAGUUGUAUUUGACGGUUUAAAGUAAUGAAGAGGGAAAUGUUCAUUUAACAUAUCUGCAAAAUAAAACCACAUUUUAGUUAGUUUUUUUUCUCGUUUCUAAGAUGUGUGUUUGUUUUUUAUUCAGUUUACGGUAAUCCCUAAUAAUUAAAACGAGUUUCCUGUUUUGUAACUCUGUGUAUGUUAUUGGCAUGGAAUCCAUUAUAAUACUAAAUAUAAGCAGCCGGCUUACAUUUGUAUUUCUAUUUAUCGGUGAUUGUGGCAUGAAUUUUGUUUGUAAAGGUAACAUUUCAGCUUCUCUUUAUGAAGGAAUGACUGUAAAGAGGUAGUGUAAUCACGAUCGAGCUCA